AUGGGCGAGGCACCGAGUUGGCAGCACAUGUGGGGCGCUAAGGUCAAGAUGCCCUGCGAUAUGGAGGACGACGUAUUGGAAGACGCGAUCAAACACGUCACGUCACGACUGGGAAAGUUCGACACCGAGGAAUGGGAGAAGAAUGGUUUAGCGGUAUGUGAGGAGAUCAAAGCUCAUUUGGACGAGGCAUGGGAUCCUCAUUGGGUGGUGUGUAUCGGUCGCAACUUUGGCUCAUUCGUGACCCACGUGACAAGAAACUUUGUCUUCUUUUACUACAACGAAAAGGCCGUGAUGAUCUACAAAGCAGGGUAG